UAAUUUCGGUUGACCCGACCCAUCAACACAGAGUCUAUUUAAAGCCCCGUGAAUGCCUGGCAAAACCCAUAGCGGAGAGAUCGGCGAGGGCGAAUUUUCCAAUAUUUUUUCCUUAGUUUCUCUUCCAAUUUUCUGUAAUCUGUAACCAUGUCUCAGACUACUGUCCUCAAGGUUGCUAUGUCAUGUCAAGGCUGUGUUGGAGCUGUCAAAAGGGUCUUGGGAAAAUUGGAAGGAGUUGAGGCGUUUGACAUCGACAUAGAUGCACAGAAGGUGACUGUGAAAGGCAAUGUAGAGCGCGAAGUAGUUUUCCAAACUGUUUCGAAAACUGGGAAGAAGACUGCCUACUGGGAAGAGGAUGCCCCAGCAGCAUCUGCAAAGGAGGCAACCCCAGCAGCGGCACCAGCACCGGCUGAAGCCGAAGCUAAACCUGCCGAGACCGUGGCUGCUGCUUAAAGUAUACUCCAUUUACUCCAUGGAAAUUUUCUGUUCAAUGCAUAAGGUCUUUGUUUCCUGAAGCUAAUAAUAUUGUAACAAUAUGCAAACUUGUCUAUUUAGUCUGUAAUAUUUUUAUUUGAGCCUCUCUUGUAUGACCUUCUACGAUAAAACUUAACUAUAGUUUACGGAUAUAUAUAUCUGUUUUGCCCCCA